AUGCCACCGGUGGCCCCUGACGAUCUGAUCAAUCAGCACGGCAGGUUCAUAGAAGACGAUCCAUCUGUGGCACUCCCCAUAACAAUCCCAGCUCACUCAACACCAGACUAUGAACCGACUGGAAAGUCGAAAAAGAAGAAGAACAACAAAAAGGCCAAGGCGGCCAAGGCAGCGACCGAAGUGCCCCCAGAGGAUUUGAAUCUUGAGAGCCCGGCUCCUGCAGAUCCACUUGCCCCCCUUAAAUCUGGAGUAGACACAGAGCCAGUGCCAGAGCUCGUGCCGGAUCCCGAGCCUGUGCAGGAGCCUGAGAACGAGUCCGUGCUGGAGCCUGAGGAGAUACAGGACCGGCAUGGCGGAGUCUCGGAGCUCCCGCCAUCCCUCGAGCUUCUGGGAAGUAUCGGGAAGUCGACAGUUCACGACCUCACGAAUCGGACCGACAGAUGGGCACAAGCAGUGCCCUACGGAAAGAGUCCACCAGUCGAGCCGAUGGAUCGAGAACAGCCAAUGAGUUCCCCGCUCGCGUUCCCAACCAUUCAGGAACGUGGCUUCACUCAUCCUUCAUCGCCAUCCCCGCCCACUCAACUCCGACCCUUCAGCUACGGCAGUGGGUAUCGGAGUAGCAUGCACUCGCGCCAGCAGUCGGUUGAUCGCAGAAAGAGCCAUUCUUAUGGAAGUCCCAUGAGCAAUCUCGCUCCUCCUCCUCAUUUGCCCCAGGCCCACUUCUACGGUGCCCCAGACAUUGAUAUACCCACCCGUACCCGUGCUAGCGAUGGAGCUUAUUCCUAUUGUGGAUUCGAUAACUUGCCCAGUACGUCCAUCAAGCCACCACGGGCGGGGAAUAAUGUGAUCGUGGUUGGCACAGACAGUGCUGUUGAGAUUUUUGCCAUCGAGGAUCGUCGGGCUCGACUGGUGGGCCAGGUCAGUGGGUUGAAUGGCCGAGUCCUCGAUGCCAAGAUUCUGUCUGGCGUUCAGUUAGCCGAUGCAGGUUCCUCGUCGCAACCUCAUAUCGCCUUGAUCUUACAUGGGCCUCUUCCAUUGAGGGAUGAUGACGACACCCUCUCUGCUGCCGGCUUGGAUUUGAAUGAAGCACCGCCGAACGUGGCCAGAGUUUCACCCAGUGAGAAGCGAGCUGGGAGAGCUGACCCUAUAUACUACCAAACCCGAGUGGAGGUGCACUCUCUGCGUUCGGGCGACCAUAUAGCAACUUUGUUUGCCAGUCAGCCUGUGCCCUCGCCCGAAAACAUUCCGGGAGUUUCCUCGUUGGCGCCCAGUGCUAUGGGUAGUUUGAGACUUUUCCAUAGUGGCAAUCAUGUCAUCGUGGCGUCUGGCGUCAGUGGAGAGGUUUAUAUCUUUAGGAACAACUCUUGCGGGAGCUAUGAGUGCCUGGGCAAGAUCUGGACCAACAUCCAAGUCGGGGAAAGCAGACGAUACUCCGCGUCAUCAAGUUCCACGGACGCCGAGGGAUCUCACUACGAAUCCUCCCGGGCAUUGUUAACGGAGCGACCACUGUUGACCCUGCAAGGAAGAUGGCUUGCAAUUGUUCCUCCUUCUUCUACACGGAAUUCUCUCCAGGGAAGUGUCCCGGCUCAUCUCAUACAUCCCAGGGCACAGGGAAUGGAGAGUGGCAAUCCACCUUCAGUACCCUCCGUGAAUUGCGCGACCGAUGCCGGCGAAGGGGAGACUCUCCUCGACAAGGUCGCCCGAGGUGUGACGCAAGAGCUCGUCAAAGGCGCCCGCUGGAUGGGUGACCAAGGGCUUCAGGCUUGGAACAACUAUUGGAGUACCGGUCAACUUUCAGCUCCUAACACGCCGCCCAUGCGACCCGUACGAGCCUCCGAAUCUCCAGGCCACCCUCAUGGAUUAUUCCCCCCAACGCAUGCUCAAGACACUCAGGCAACCUCAUCACCUGAGCCCGAUACGGUUUCAAUCAUCGACCUGGGCCGAUUUAACGAUGGGGUGGAGGUCAAAGCAGCACCCCUCAACCCUGUAUCAGUGUUUCAGGUGCCUAACGGCUGCAGCUUUCUAUCACUUUCACCGAGUGGCUUGAUGCUUUUUACAGCUAGCAAAAAGGGAGAUGUCCAAUACAUUUGGGAUCUGAUGCAACUCAGACACUGUCGAGCCAUGACUUUUAUGACUGAUAGCCUUGGAAGUCAACUUGCCAACGUCCGACAGUUGGCCCGAUAUGCAAGAUUGACUGCAUCAAGCAUCGUAGAUGUGAUCUGGACGGCGCCAGUGGGAGACAGGUUGGCCGUUGUCACUCGAAAGGGCACCGUGCACGUCUUUGACUUGCCUCAGAGCGCGUUUCAAUGGCCACCUUUCCGUCGCGCGCGUCCAUCUUCCAAAAAGUCUCCGUCUAUCGAACCCGCCAACGACGAUCUGGCAGGCCCAGUCAGUGCUGGAAACCCACUCUCGGCGGCCAUGACCUUUAUGGGUGGUAAGACUCAACCUUUCCUCUCAGCGGUUCGGGGUCGGGUGCAGUCCACGGGAAAUGGUUUCCCCAGUAUGAGUGGAUUCGCACUGCCUACUGCGGCCAGCAUCAAAGGUGGCAAGGUCGUUGCUGCAGGACUGAGCAAGUCCAUGGGCGCAGCCGCCAGUGGUACCGUCCAGACACUUCGCCACGUCGGCGAGAACCGACUGCACCUUUCGGGACUGGCUCGUGACCCUGCCCCCUCCCGUGUCAUGUGGAUGCUGGCCAAGGGACACCUCUUCAUGGGCGUGAUAGACGAUGGACAAUUCAAGCUGUACCGGUUGAAGCGAAGCACGUCCACCAGCAAGAAUCGUCAGUCUUACUCGGUCAUUGGAAGCAAGGAAGUUCAGUUCCGACUGCCUACCAACAUGCAGAGCAUGUGUGGGCCGGGUCCUGCGGUUCCAUUUGAUCCGGACAAGGUCGUUCAAGCUUCUCUCGUGCUUCCCUCUAUGAUUUCGCAACCUGUGAAUCCCAGCAAGGCGUUGUCACAGCCACUUUCGCAGGCUGAGAUUGAGACCAACACGCCCUAUCAGCCCUUCCAUACUGAUCAGCGUGUGAGUCUGCAUGUGUUCUCGUCUGAAGGCAGAGCAAAUAUUCCUCGCGGCCAGUGGGUCUUUGGAGACGAGAUCCCAGCCACAAAGCUGCAUCUCCGCUCAUACAACACCGGUGGUGAUGACCGAGGAGGUGACUUUGAUCCCGAUGCGGCCAUUCACGGAGAUUCUUUCGGGGCUGGUGGGGAGAUGGAGAAUCUCAUUACGCUGGGUAACAGUACUGGGAAUGUUGAAGAAGUGGUGAUCACCACGAGACGGAAAAAGAAAGCCACCACCACUCUCAAAGCUGACGAUGGGUUCUUCGAGGAUGACUGUGAAGUCCUCGACUUUGCGCGGGAUCGAGUUUGA